AUGGCGUUCACGUUCGAACGAGUCAAUUACCAGGAGAUAAGAAGAAUGAUUUCUGUUGCAACAAAAGUCGUUGUCGGUUUUCUUAUCAUGAUAUAUUUUGGCGGAAGUUUGGUCACUUGUAAUGAAGAUAUUCCGUUCUGUGAUAAGCGCUUGGAAGAACUAAAGAUUGACGUGAAAUACUGGCAGAAAAGAUGCUGGAAUGGUACAGUUCAUGUGCCUAAUUCUUCAUGCUGUGCAGCAGAGAACGAACGGAAUCAGCAGAGAAUGGAAAUGCAAACAAAAUUGUGCUUUUAUAAAGGUACAGUAAAUGCAGUAUUCUAUUAUACAAAUGAUUGAAGUGUCCUGGAGGUUUUUAAUCCUCCUUCAUUCAUUACUCGAGUAGGGAGGAAGGCAUCUGCAUUUAAUUUUGAAAGGCAACGUUCAGGCUAAAAUGUUUAUAUGAAAGGCUAAAACAGAUUUAUAAGCAUGAGAGAAAAUAAAAGUUUAGCAGUUCACAUAGCUUUGCAUGCAUCUAAGUCACUUUUUCCAUUGGAAAAACAUAUUUAAUUUAAUAAAUAACUCUUAAAUUAAGUCUAAAUAUUUAUCCACAUGAAAGGUUUUUAUUUAUCCCCACAAAACUACACAACCGCUUACUACGAUGUAGAUACAUACACUAUGGGUUUAGAAUAUGUUGUUCUUGCGUACUUCAAAGUGGUCCACUAUUUUUAUGGCAGCGUAUCGUCAUUGAACAUUCUCGCAUUUCUUUCCUCCGUCUUUACUAGACUGGUAAACUAUUCAAUAGAAUAUGUUUUAGAAGUGGUUUUUUACAUUUAUUAUUUAUCAAAAAUAUUUCAUAUUUAUAGGAAUUAUGAUACUUUUCACUUCUAUUCUGAAUGUCCGUUAUCUGGUUUUUAUAUAUUACGUAAAUGUAUUUGAAUCAAUAUAUGCACUCUGCAAAUACAUUUCAAAAUUUAUUGUUGGUCAUCGUAUAUAUUAAGAAUUAAAACUUUGCCCCAAAUAAUGAAUUUAAGAGAUGGAAUUCUUGUAAAUAUACAGGGUAAUCUCAGAGAAGUACCCAUUUUACGUAAGCUAGCUUGUACUAAAUGUGUAACUUUGACAUUGAACACAGAGCCGUAGCGAGGGUUGGUAUUGGGGGGGGGGGGUGGUUAACCCCUCCCCCCCAACUUUUGUAGAAUUAACAUAUUCGGAAAAUCGGGUUGGCCAUUCGGAAAAUUACGGCAAUAACAGUAUAACAAAAUUUUAGUUGUUUAAACAGAGAAAAUAUUAUAAAAUGGUAUUGUCAAUAUAAACCAUUGGUAUAAACUGAUAUACCAAAUCACGGCAUUUACAUGGAUAACGUAAAACAAAUCGUAAAUCGGUAAAUGUUUUUCGGUUUAUAUAUUACUUCUCAGGGCCGUAGCAGUCGGAGAGGGGGGGGAGGACUUGGGGCAGCAGCCCUUACAAUAAUUUGCUGAUAAUAAUUCUUUUUCAAAAUCAUGCACACCUUUAUCAUUUAAAUAAUAUACCUUUAAAAUACUGACAAUAGACUAGAGGUGUGCAUCGGAUCGGAUUAGACGUUUAUAAUCCAAUAAUUGCCUAAUGUUUAAAAUCCGAUCCGAAAUUGUCUAAUCCGAAUUCAAUCCGACUUUUGAAAACGAAUUCCAUUCCGAUCCGAUCCGAAGAAUUCUUUAAUAAAAUAAAUUUCUCAUUCAAGUUUUGUUUAGGCUUGUCUAGAUCAAAAUUUCACUCAUAAGGGGAAAGGUCUAUUGAUUAAUUUUAUUAAGCGGCUACAUUAUCCAUGACAAACCGAAAGGAAUCAUUUUCCUAUACUAUUUCCUGCAAUAUAUAGUUAAUUAAAUACGCCUUCGCCCAUUUAGUUCUAUACUAAAUUGUAAGCAAAUUGUAAAUUUCGACAUACUAAAACUCGAUCUAUUAACAAUUCGAACCGACUUGACCACGUAGCUCAGUUAGCAGAACAUUGGACUAGUAUCCCAAAGGUCGCAAAUUCGACUCCCACCGUGAUCAAGCAAACUUUCCAGCUUGCCAGCUGUGGAUGCAUACUCAGAGUAACGUCACAAAUAUCAUACUAAAACUCCGUUUUCUGACCAUCAGAAUUCCGUCAAAACUUCCCCAAAGUCCAGGAAAUGGCAUUUCAGAGAAUCUAAAUUUAAAAAUUUCCUUGGGCCUUCGGCCCUCGUUCCCACCCCCAAUAAAAAAGAGCUUCCUAAAGCACUGCAUGUUUCUGUAAUAUGUCUUUGCAUAAACUAUGUGUGUUUUUGUUGGUAAAUUGCAUCUUCAUUUUCCGGAUAGAAAACACCUUCGUGGCUUCGUAUGCCAUGAAAUAUUCGGAAAUUUUCUUCGUCAUUCGGAAAUUUUUGGCCUACCCCCCCCCCCCAACUAUAAAUGCUAGCUACGGCCCUGAUUGAACACCAGAAAAACCACAGGAAGGCGGUAAAACCAAAAUAGGAUUCAGGCAUGUAUGCAAGAAUUGUGCAAUAGGAUAGGAUAGGAUUAGGGUAUGCAUGGGGUUAGGGUAAACUUUUGCGCACGUUUCUUGCAGGGCUGCACAAAGCACAUACAAUAACAACCGCCUUGACUACAUUUUCCAGUAUUACUUCGUAUACUCACCUCAAAAUCGCAAUUUCUGUUGACUUAUCAAAAUGACCAAUUAUAUUGUUGGCUUUCUAGUAUCACUUAAAAUGGAAUCACCAAUAUUCGGAUUUGUUCAAAUUAUGGAAAUUAAGCUAAAAUAUUUUAAUACUUCAUAAAGGUUCUUUUAAUUAAAGCAAGUUAUAGUUAAUCAGGCCUUAUAAACAGGGUCCGAGGAUCGUAAUUAGACGCGAAUGUUGGGGUGGUGGCGGGGGAGGGGGUGCAUAUUCAUAUAUUCAUGUUCACAUAACGGAAAAACAAUCACAUAUCGUAAAAACAAAAAGAAAUUACUAGGGCUGACCACGAAUAUUUUAAUAUAUAUUUGUGUUCAGCCCAACUAAUUUAUUUGUGAAUAUGCAGCCUCCCCCUACCCAAAUAUCUCGUCUAGUUACGGCCCUUCUUAUAAAAAGUUAAUAAGAGGCAGAGAGUCAGAAACCUAAACAGGGGGACCGCCCAAACCUUUCUGUUUUUCAUAAUAUUUGCCAAUAAAAGUGAAUUUACGACAUAGUUCUAUUUUUUUCCUGGAUUUUGGGGGUGGGGAGUUUGCAGCUGUGACGUUUCUCUGUAAAACAUUAUGGAAGAAAUCGAUAGUAUUUUUGAAAGCCUUAACAUAUCGGAAUCGUUUUUCCAGAAUAUAAAAAAGAAAGCAACUUGAUGCAAACACCUAUGUAUACAUUCAUAAUACCAUACAUGACAUACCAGUUCUAUACAUUUACAUUAUACGCCUUCCUUGAAAACACUCGACUUCAAGAAAAACGCGCUAAAAUUGUCAAUAUUUCAUGCAAAAAAGUUGUUUCAAGAAACGUUGGAAAUUUUAAUGUUCAUAUAUUAACACAAAAAGUCUGCAGAAGAUGAUAUAUUCUCGCGGCAGCAUCGCCAAUAGCCGACCGUUGAAAGUAGAAGAAAAUUACAUAAUGAAGUUAUGUGUACUGUAAGAACAAAAUAUCGAUAACUAUGUGUUACGUUUCUAAGAGGGGGGGGGGGGUCUCAGAAAAACGUCCCUAUGAUUUUUCUCAUGGACACAAUCGAUAUACUAACUUCCAUAAUUUCGGCAAGUCCGAAUCAAGGAGGAUGACCGGGAGGAUGUGGGAGGUGUAACACCCCCCUGAUAAUUGCUCAUAUGAGCAAUUUCAGGUAAAUUUAGGUAGAUUUGCAGAAGAAAUUGAGGUAAAUUAACGCAAAUUCAGGUAAUUCCUAUGACAAGAGAAAGUUAAUUUACAAAAAAUAACUGUCAAUUUGGAAAAAAUGAGGUAUAUUUACCCAAAUUUUAGAAAAUUCUAGAAGUUUUCGUAAUUUUAGAAAAAUUUAUUUGAUACGGAGAAAAUUUUUGAUGUCUGGAAAAUUUUUUUCCAUGUUGGGAAAAAUUUUGGUAUAUCCGGAAAAAUUUUUUUAGCCCUAAAAUAUUACACUGACCGAAAUUUUAUUUUGGCGACGGAGGGGGGGGAGGAGGUUGCCAAAAAUAAUUUUUCCCAAAAAAAUUUUCAGGUAAAAUUCGAAAUUUUGAUACUUUCAGGUAGAUUUUAGCAACCCCCACCCCUGAGGUGAGUUCCUCUCGACGGCACUGGUCUGAAUAUUGGUGUCACAACUUUAAUGAUACCUAGGAUUGAAACUGUAUGUUGGCUGUCAGAUCUACUUUAAAAAUUGAAUGUUACGCCAGAAGAAUAAUAUUAGUUCAAAUGUCAGUUUUCUGUCAUGAUUUUCCAAGAUGCAGUAGGCGACUCUAAGAUAGUCUAUGAUAUUCAGUAGUAUCGUAAAACACAAUGUGAUAUCCUAAGAUGCUGGCUGAUAUCCUAAGAUGCUGUAUGCAUGGUAAUCCUACGAUACAACAUGAUAUCGCAAGCUAUACUGGAUGAUAUCCCAGUGCACUGAGUGAUAUGUAGGAUUAUGUGUUACUGAUACAAAUUUAGAAACGUAUUCUCUUUACGACUGAUACAAAUUUAGAAACGUAUUCUCUUUUGAUGACUGUUCUUUUCAUCAGGGCCAUACCCGGAACCAUAUCUGUUUAUCGGUGAAGAUUCUGGAAUCGACGCAAUCGAUUUGCUAACUCAUGGUAAAACUGUCGUUAUUCCUGGACUUAAAGAGAAUUACGGGAUGGCAACUGACAAAGCGGAAAUGAAAAUAUACUUCAGAAACGGCAGCAGCAUAUCCAGAGCAAACCUUGAUGGCACCGGUGUUGAAGUUUUUUUGGAAAAUGUUGAUAUUUGGAAAAUGGAAUUUGACUGGAUAACACGUAGACUUUUCUGGAGAUCUAGGGUAGAUGGGCGUUUUUUCGUAAUGUAUUUAGAUAAUAAAAAAAAAAGAGAGGUGACAGAAACAAGGCAAUGGCCCCUCGAUAUAGCAGUGGAUCCGAGAGUAGG